AAUCUUAUGUGAUUCAGAGUUGUUUUUUAUAAUAUACUUUAUAGUAAUAAUCUAUUAUAGAAUUAUUUUAACUUUAUACAGCUCUGAUUCUCUUCAACUACAUCUCAAAUUUGAUGAAACUGACAGGCUGCUCACUUCUUUCAUGUCAUCUUUUGUAAAGGAUAGCAAAACACUUUUUCUUGCUUCUAGCUUUAAAACAAUAUAUAUGUUAAUAAAUUAAAUUUUUUUUAAAAAAACAUAAUUUAAGUUUCAGCAUUGUUUCAAAUCUCUUUUGGGUGAGUGAAAUUUGGGAUUUUUGAAGAAUUCAAAGCAUUAAUCUGAGCAAAGAUGUUCAAGUCAUCAAGGUGGAGAAGUGACAAGAUCAAGAUCAAAGCUGUGUUCAAACUGCAGUUCCAAGCAACUCAGGUGCCGGAAUCGAAAAAGACUACCUUGAUGGUGUCCCUGGUUCCAGCAGAUGUUGGGAAGCCAACAGUGAGACUAGGGAAAGCUGCAGUUGUAAAUGGAACCUGUUUUUGGGAUAAUCCAGUCUAUGAAACAGUGAAAUUAACUAAGGAGCAAAAAACAGGAAUAUAUAAUGAAAAAUUUUACCAUUUCAUUGUUUCAAGGGGAUCAUCAAAAUCAGGUUAUCUGGGAGAGACCUAUAUUAAUUUUGCAGAUUUCAUAGAAACAUCUAAGCCUUUUAUAGUCUCUCUGCCCCUCGAGAAUUCAAUCUCCGGUGCAAUUUUACACGUCACAGUUCAGAGGAUGCUGGGAAAUGUUGAUCAAAGACAUGUUGAAGAAAGUGAAGCUCCAAUGGCCAUAUCACAAAAUAGCAUCUUUAUGGAAGAUGAACACUUCAACCAAAUUACAUCUCAAUAUGGUGAACAAAUGGGCAGCUUCAGAGAUCUUCGAUUAGAGAAUGCUACUGUUUGUCAGGACCACACCGCUCUCAGACAAAGCUCGAUGCCUGAGAAGAGAUUAAUAGAAGCCACUCCAACCGAAAACCAAGUCCAUAGGAGAUCAAACACGGUCUCAAUGGGUUCUAUUUCAGAUGGAAGUAUGGUUGACUCGAGAAAUAGCCCCGAGGAGAGCUUCCCAAGAGACAGGUCACAAGAGGCUUCCGAUAGAUCCAUUGAGAGUCUGAGAAGUGAAAUUUCAAUGCUCGAAAGGCAGGCAGAAGUCUCAGAAUUGGAGUUGCAAUCUCUUCGGAAGCAAGUUGUGAAGGAGAGCAAAAGGGGACAUGACCUAUCAAGAAAAGUUGUUAGCCUAAAUGAGGAGAGAGAUGCACUUCAAACAGAAUGUGAAAAGCUCAAGAAAUAUGUUGAUGCAGACGUUUCGAAUCAGUUGCAGAUGGAAAUUGAAAAUUUAAGGGCUCUAUUACAUGAAGUUAGGAAAGAGCGUGAUCACGAAAAAGACUCGAAUAGCACUCUGCGGUUGCAGCUGCACAAGACAGAAGACUCCAACUCUGAAUUAGUUCUUGCAGUAAGAGACCUUGAUGAAAUGUUGGAGCAAAAAAACGGAGAAAUAUCCGAACUCUCCAGCAUAGCAAAAGCCAGUCAAAAUGCUGAAGAGGAAGUCGACUUGCUAAAGCAGAAGAUUUCAGAUCUGUCUGGUGAAAUAGAGGUCUACAAGAAAGAGAGAGUGGAGCAAAAGCUGCAUGCGGAACAGCUUGCAGUGAACUAUGAGGUCUUAAAACAGGAAAACCGAGAUGUCUCUUCAAAGUUAGGGCAGAACCAAAUAGAACAGAUGAAGCAGCAUAAUGAAUGCUUAGAAAUGUCGGCAAUUAUAAAAGAGUUCAAAUUCGAGGUAGAAAGUUUAGAGAACGAAAUCAAGAAGCAGACAAUAGAAUUAUCAGAAUCUUCGGAUACUAUCAAUCAGCUUGAAACUCAAGUAAAGAGUUUGGAGAAUGAACUGGAGAAGCAGGCAGAAAGUUUUGAGGAUGAUCUUGGAGCAAUGACACGCGCCAAAGUUGAGCAGGAGCAGAGGGCCAUCCAAGCAGAGGAGGCCUUGAGAAAGACAAGAUGGAAUAAUGCUAAUGCAGCUGAGCGGCUUCAGGAGGAAUUCAGAAGGCUUUCUGUGGAGAUGGCAUCUAAGUUUGAUGAAAAUGAGAAGAAGGCCAUGAAAUCAGUUGCAGAAGCUAAUGAUCUGCGUCAACAGAAAAGCAGGCUGGAAGAAUUGCUCCAGAGAGCUAAUGAAGAGCUUGGGAUAACUAAGGAUCAGUAUGAAGUAAAACUGCAAGAGCUCUCAAAUCAAACAGAUAUGAAAGCAAAGCAAAUAGAGAGAAUGUCAUUGGAACUUGAUGAGAGGUCUGCGCAAGUCCAAAAUAUUGAAAAGCUCAAGGAAGAAUCACUAGAGGCUUUCACAAUUGAGAUCCAAUCGCUCAAAGGCGAGAUAAAAAAGCUCAAAAGGGAGAAGAAUGGUCCCUCUGCCAAGGCAGAGCAGAAAGAAAAAUUGAGAGAUGAGAUGGAACACGCAAAGACAUCAAAUGGUGAACAAGAGAUGCUGCAAAGAUGGAGUAAUGAAAGAGAAGAACUUAAGAGAGAAUUUGAUUCAGCAAGGAAGGAUGCAGAAAAGUUACAGGAGGAAUUAGGUACAUUGAGGUCUUUGAAGGACGAAAAGGAGACGAUAAUUGGGACUCUUCAGUCAGAAGUGGAAAAGCUUAGAGCUCAAUAUAAUGAUUUGAAACAUUGCUUGUUCAAAGUUGAACAGGAGAAUGAAAAUCUGAGGAAACAGGUGUUUGUAUUAGAGGGUGACCAACAGAAGAAGGAUGAGGCAAUCACCAGUUUAAAGAAGAAAUUGAAGAGUCAUGGUGAACAAGUUACUUAUUCAAAGGAAGUACAGCAUUUGGAGAAGAGAACUACAGAAGGCAAGUCAAAGCAAAGUGGAGUUGACUCCAAUCAGACCGAGUUGUUAACUGAUGUAGCAUUACUGAUGGAAAGGAACAAAGUCAUGGAACGAGAGCUAAAAGAAAUGGAAGAGAGAUAUUCAGAAAUAAGUCUGAAAUUUGCAGAGGUAGAAGGCGAAAGGCAACAACUUGUAAUGACCAUACGUUGUCUGAAGAACGGUAAGAAGAAUUAGCAUUUUCGAAGAUGCUGCAUGCAUGCUUGAAACUGUAAGCUAGAGAAGGCGAGGCAUUGGUGUGACAAGCAGCAAGUAUAGUUUAUUUAGAGUUUGAUCAAAUAAAACAUACCAUGUAUAUCAAUAACACAGUUGUUAUAACAUUCUUUGCACAUUUGUUGAAACAUUCUUUAACUGAAAAACUAUCAAAUGAGAGCAACUAGGGUGAGAAGAUACCAUCUGCAAUUCUGUCAAAGCUCUCUGUGACAAGGCGCCAUAAUGCACGAGGAAAGCAAUGUCGAUAUGCUGCUUUUACACACUGAGGACUGUCUUCAAGAAGUUAGAACUCAAUUUUGAUUGCUGGUGGUGGAAAUUUGGUUAAUUUGGUGGAAAUUUGAUUGCGGAUGGGAAUGCUUUUAUUGUGUUA